AUGGACAAUAUAUCUCAUUACACAAUUUUCACUCUCUCAGAACUGAAGGAAUCAAUGUCAGCAAAACGCAUAUAUUUUGUUCUCUCUCUUAUUGUAUAUAUUUUAAUAAUUGUAUCAAAUGCAAUUUUAAUAACAACAAUACUGCUGGAGAAAACUCUCCAUGAGCCCAUGUACAUAUUCCUGUGUAAUCUGUGUAUUAAUGGACUGUUUGGAACAGCUGGGUUCUACCCUAAAUUCAUAUAUGAUUUAAUCUCUGAUACCCAUGUGAUAUCUUACAAUGGGUGCUUCUUGCAAUUCUUUGUGAUCUACACGUCGGCACUGUGUGAGUUUACUACAUUAUCAGUGAUGGCUUAUGACAGGUAUGUGGCAAUAUGCAGACCCUUAGACUAUCACUCUGUUAUGACAAACAGAACUCUUGUAAAAUUACUCAUGUUUUCUUGGCUUUCACCUGCUUUCUCUACAUCUAUAUCUCUUCUGUUAACAAAACGGUUGCAAUUGUGUGGAUCACAUAUUGACAAACUCUAUUGUGAUAACUUGUCUAUAGUAAAAUUGUCUUGUGAACCCACUACCAUUAAUAUUAUGUAUGGAUUCAGUGUAGUUGUUCUGUACACUUCUCUUGUACUUCUUAUUAUUGGUUCUUACAGUAAAUUGAUUGCUCAGUGUAUUAAAACUGCAGAAAGCAAAGCCAAAUUCUUGCAGACCUGUCUGCCACAUUUGUUGUCUUUAAUUAACUUCACAGUUGCUUUAGUUUUUGAUACAAUGUAUGUUCGGUACGGACUGGGUGGUUUCCCACAGGGUCUACGCAAUUUUUUGGCCUUAGAAUUUUUGAUAGUGCCGCCUAUUUUCAACCCUUUAAUUUAUGGAUUAAAACUGACUGAGGUUCGCAAAAGAGUGCUGAGAUUUGUGAAAGUCCUCAGAAUCAACCAGAGAAUUCCAGGGAAGCAGACAGCUAACACAACACCUGUUGACCCCUGGUGUGGUUGUAUGUCCCAUUUUGCAGCUAACCGGACAACACUGUCACACCCGCACCCAGUCAGCCAGCUCAGCCACGCCCAGUUCAGCUCAGCUGAACCACAGGCACUCAUCAAGUGCACCUGUGACUCAUUCUUCAAUCAAGUCCUGGCUAUUUAA